AGUUCAGUUUGACAGUUCUAAUGUAACCAGUGGUCAUCGUAUUUUUUUUUACCUCCUUGCAUUUUGAUACCAAAAUAUAAGUUAUUCGCAAAGUGGUAUUACGUGAACAACAUGAAAAUAAGAUCCCACGCACUUCGAGAAAGGUGGAAUGCGGACCGCUAGCAUCGACUGAUAUGUCAACACGCAGCAGCGCGACCGCUAACCGAGCACGGCGCGGUCACAAGGAACGCUCGAAGAACUUCACCGAGUUGGAGAAGAGGACGGUCCUGGAGCUGAUAGCGAGGCACCGGGACGUGCUGCGGCAGGGCCGAUCUAACAGCGCCACCAAUCGGAGCAAACAGCUAGUGUGGUCGACUAUAUGCGAGGAGGUGAACAAGAGGUGCGGUGGCGAGCGGCCACGCACUCCCGCGCAGGUCAAGAUGUGGUACGAGAACUACAAGAAGAAAUGCAAGAUGCGCGCGCACGAUACACAACAACCACAAUCGGACCCCCAAGGAUUGCUCGACGGCAUGCUGUGGCAGAGUUUACAUCCUCUAGACGUAAAAGAUGAGGACGCAGACGCAGCUACCAGCGCGGAGGGUACUCACAGCGGCAAGGACGACGACUGCCUGCCUGUUAAUAUGUCGAACGGCCGACUUUCAAGCACGAACGACAGCGACGACACGAUGCCAAACGUACUCGAACCCCAGGUCCAGAUCAUCCCCCAGUCAUCCCCCACACCCCCCCUAAAACCCCCCAUACUACCCCCACACAUACAACUAGCUAAUUCAAUACAGGCCAUCGAACAAGCUAGAAUGCAACAAAAUAUAUUGCAAAAAUUCAACGAAUUUUCUAACACACCACUUAAUUUAAGCAACCUAGAUGAGGAUAAGAGAAAAAACGGCCACGAAAGAGCGAAAGAGACAGACGAACAAAUAAAACACGACUGCGGUACGGCAACAGAGGAGGAGAGAUUAUAUUUCACGGCGAAACGGCAACACGCAAUUUGGGAACACGAAGCGAAAAUGAAGAUUUUGAAUAUGGAACUCAGACAGAAGGAAGAAAUAUUCUCGUUGCAAAAACAGCUAUUUCUUAUCGAGUUGAAAUUGAAAAUGGAAUUCUUGGAGAAGGCGAGUGCUAAGUGAGAUCGUUUGCUCUGGCGGAGGAAGUUUGAGUUCGGAAUUCGAAAUUCGGUAACGAGGGUCGAAAGAACACUUCCAUGACAUGAAGUGAUAAUUUGAAAAUGGAACGUAUUUGAUUGACACUAUAAAUAGUAGCACAUGUAUUUAAUAUAAAAAAAACACUAUUCGUCACUGUAAAAUGUACGCGCAGAACAAGUUUUUAAAGACACAAUCAAAAAUACUUAUUAUAAGAAAGAAAGAUAUAUAUUCGGGAAUGUUUCCACUGUCAGAGUUCAAAUUACGAAAUAAGCGUUGAACGUUUUAGUCUCUAUUCACCUCGUUGGGAAUAAAAACGUGACAAUACGUAUAUAAAAAAGUUAGGGUCGAAAUGCAUACUUGUAAAUUACAUAAAAAAAUUUGACAUAAAUAUUUAAGCAUUUAGAAAAUAUGCGAAAAAGAUGUUAGUACAAAUACGUAUAAGCUAUUAUGCCUAAUGAUUGUUAUACAUUUUGACCCCAAACUGUCUUCCAAGAAACUGAACGCUCAAAUACCAUCCAAUAACAAUUUAUCUAGUUUUUUUUGUGCCAUCAUUGUACAUAUAUUUACGCCAUCAAAUGGUUAAGGAGACUGGUACAGACAUCUUUGCCUUUUAAAAAGUAUGUCGGUAAGUCUAUGGUCAGGGUAUUUUAUGGUACAUUUGUUCGGUUCGUUCCAAAUUAAAAUUCCUUAUAUGCCCCUGGCAACAUUGACAAAGUGCGUCCUCAGAAUUAAAGAUUAAAAUCUAAAGAAAUUUCUGUUAGUAAGAUAACUUAUAAGUGAAAAAGCAUGUAUUAAAUAAAGUAUUAUAACAAUGUACCAUAAAAAUUGUCAUUGUGAUCGAUAAAGUAUAUUAUUUUUGUAGCCGUUAUUUUGCAAAGCUUAUUUUGUAAUAUUUUUUUUUUAGUUUAUAUAUUUGUUUCGUAGAUUUUAAGAACUGAUUUUUGCCCGUAGCACCGCCCGUGUUAGACUCAACUUAAUGAUAUAUCUUGAAUGAAUACGUAACUUUUAAUUUGUGGGUUAAUUUCUAAUUAUUUACAUACAUGCACAGCUAAAAGAACCUCUUUUUUGAAGUCUGUUUACAAAGUGUCAUCUUUGUCAUUUAUUUCUGUCACCGCUUAUCUUAUUUACGCCCAAGGCAGCGAUAUUAUAGUAUUAUUUUUAUUUAGGCAGCUUAUGAGCAAUCGCAUAAUUUUAAUAAUAAAAAAAAAUAACUGCCAUCGCAAUAAAUAUAUUUUUUUAAUAUUGUUAAAAAAGCAUGUUUUAGCUAUAUUUUACUGGACACACAAAAAAAAAACAAAAUGGUGAAAAUUCGAACAACUUUAUUUUUUUGUUUUAUAUUCUGCGUGGCCAGUAUUUUCUAGCAAUGGCCGAUAGCCAUGGGCGUUGGGAAUUUAUUUUUGUUAUGUUGGUACCCCGUACCCUCCAAAAAAAGAAAGCACGUUUGUUUCCAUAAGUAUUACAUUGUCCAAUUUCCCAAAAUUCCCGUUUCUCCCACGCUUGUGGCUAUUGUUCUCAUUUGUUAUCGUUUUUUAGUACUUAGUCCCAAUGGACUUUAUUUUAAGGAUUUUUUAACCCAUUUUAUCGGGGUCAACGUACUUUUGACGCGUGUCAAGUGGCAAAUUAUACCUAUACCUAGUCUUAGUGUAUAUAGUUAUAUGAACUAGUUAUAAUACAGUCCGCACAAAUUAAGUACAAAAAUAAAACAAUAUUGUAUAAUAUUAAAAAAUACAUGUAGUAUAUACAUAUAUUUUUCGCAAUGACUUCGUGGUGAAUUGUUCUUCCCUCUGACAUAAAGAACUGGGUUCUGUCAUCCAGUCAAGUACCCAAAAUAGAUAAAAAUAUUACACAUAAGUAGAUAUUUGUUUUAAAAUAAAUAUUUUUUUGAGUUAAUAUUCCAUAACACAAGUCUUGAACUUACUUUGAGGCUGGCUCAGUCUGUGUGAUUUUUUAGUACGUGUAUAUUUUAUUCCACUCUCGUAAUUUGUAUUUAAUUUGCACGGAUUUCAUGUUAUUUUAAAAACUACUUAAGGAAAUCGGCCGCGUCAUGUAUUAUAGAUAGUAUUUUUAUAUUUUAAAAAUAUAGCGAUGCGUUUGAUUUAUAUAUCUAUUGAAGAUAUAAGUAUUCUUAACGCAAUGAUUGGUCUUUUAGGAUGCGGUUUCUAGACAAAAAUAAGCUGUUGCUAAGACGUUAAUUUAAAAAAAGUGAUAUUAAUAUAGUUUCAUUGAGUAACUAAUUCAUAUAACUAUAUAUUUUUCAGUGCCAAUAAUAAAAGCCAUUGUUAUAGUAAUUGUAAUAUAAUAUAUAUAUAGUUACUACAUAUAUAAGUUUACGGGAAAUAUACGUAAAGUACGGAAAUAUAAAUUCGACAUAAUAAAAUGAUAUUAUUAGUGUAUAAAAUGCAGAUAUUAAUGAUAUGUAUAAAUAACAGUACAAAUCGAAGUAUAUAAUAUAUUACCUCAUUCAUACAGUGUAUUAUAAUAAAUAAUGUAGAGUAAAUAUAUUAUUAUUAAAAAGGUUUAGAAAUGUUUAUAUAUGGGGGAAGCGUACUCAUGUAAUAUUGUUGCCAGUAAUAAAAAAACCCCUAAUAAAUUGUCUUAGUUUUUAACAAUAGAAUUUCUGUAUACUUCCGAUAAAUUUGGUAUUUCUCAAAACUGGCAACACCUGGGUGCAGUUUAUCCUCCGAUCAUGGCAAUACUUUUGAAAAUUAUAAUAUUUUACAUUUUUUUUUUUUUGAAACAAUGUGAUGUAUUUACGAUCUCAAUACAAAAUAUUAAAAAAAAAUUAAAAACUGGUUUUAACUCGUUAUUUUCGAUGUUUAUUAAAGUGAAAAAUAUAAUACUAUAUUGUUUAUUCGGAACGAUUAUGUUAAUCUGAUUUAAUUAGAUAUUAUUGAAAUUCAAUAAAGAAUUUAUUUUCUGUU